CCUAGGCUGAGUAUGGGCUGCCAUUGUGAAGUGUCUAUUCAUUCUCAUUGCUGGCGGGAGCCCAAUAGAUUUAGGAGUCUCGACAGCUUCGCAAUUUCCGCCUCAAUCUCCGGAAGAUUUGGCCCACCUCCAGUGGUGGUGCGGUGCAGCCAAUUCAUUCAGGAGAAGGACGGGGCGUGGGCGUGGGAACAGGUUACUAGACCCGGUCCAACCAUAGACCGCGUAGGCUAACCAAGCCAACCCAAAGCCAAACGCAAAGCGCAACUGCGCAAGCGGUCGAGCUCGAGCCCAAUCCAGCAGAACCCCCCCCCAACCCUAGCUCCCGACUCGAGCCGAUCGACCCCCCGCCCCGAUCCGAUCCGAUCCGAUCCCCACCGUCGACGACCCCUCCGCCGCCGGAGCCAUGGUGUCCUCCUCCUUCCCUGACGCCGACGCGUACGGCAACGGCGACUCCGACGACCUCGACUUCCCCGUCGACCCAAACCCCAACCCGGUCUUCUCCUCCUCCCCCGUCGCCGCCCCCGCAGCAGCGGCCCCCGCGUCCGGUAGCGGGGCCGGGGCCGGGGAGCGGCGCCCGCUGUUCCAGCGCCUGUGGACGGACGAGGACGAGAUCGUGAUCCUGCGCGCCUUCGCCGAGUUCACGGCGCAGCGGGGCACCUCCUUCGCGUCGCACCAGUACGACACCACCCCCUUCUACGAGGACAUGCGCCGCCGCCUCAACACCGGCUUCACCAAGAACCAGCUCGUCGAGAAGAUCCGCCGGCUCAAGCGCAAGUACCGCAACUGCGUCGAGCGCCUCCGCGUCGCCGGCGCCGGAUUCACCUUCCGCUCCCCGCACGAGCAGGCCAUCUUCGAGAUCGCCCGCACCAUCUGGCGCCCAGCCUCCGACAAGCACGGCCGCGACUCCGACGACGAGGGAGGCGGCGUCGCCCACGACGGCCACUUCGCCAUCGCCCCCUUUGGGAUCGACGUUGCCGCCGCCGCCGCCGCCAACGGGGAGUCCGCCAAGUCCCCGACCUCGAGGCCACGCCGUGGCCGCCGCCGCCGCACGGGCGACUUCCCCGCCGACGCGGUCACCGAGACGCUCGCGCUGCCGCCGGCGCCCAUGCAGAUGCCGGUGAUGACCGAGGACGCGCUCCCCUCCUUCCCGCAGGUGACCGCGGCGUCGGUCAUGGACGGUGGCGGCUGCGGCCUCAGCGUGGACCCACCCUCGGGGCUGCCGGGCGCGCUGUCAGCAGCGGCGGCGGCAACGGCCGUAUCCGGCAGCAGCACCGCCGAGAACCCCAUCCUGGCGGCGAUGUUCAAGGAGAUGGUCCGCGCGAUGCUGACCGUCGGCGGCGGCGGCAGCACGGCGCUUCUGGGGCUGGAGCCGCCGCCCCCUAUCGCGGGGGUGCCGAUGGAAGGGGAGAAGUGGCGGCAGCAGCGGAUCCGGGAGCUGGAGGUGUACCUGCGCCGGAUCGACCUGCUGCAGGACCAGGCGAGGGCGGCGCUGGAGGAACUCAGGUCCGCGCCGCACGCCGGAGGCAUGAACACUUGAUCGAUCGUCUUGGGUUCGUCGGUCUUCUUGCAGAUAGAGCAUCGUUCAUAACCAACCAUAAGAAAGGAUCAUUUUACUGGUAGAAUUUCUCUAGGCUCGAGCAGCAGCAGAACAAGGGGGGUUUAUCGUCUGUAAUUCUGAUUUUCUGUCUGCACUUGCAGACUAGCCGCGUCUCGUCUUUCUUAUUUAUUAUAUAUAAAAUAACUUAUAAAGAUUGUCCUAC